AUGGGUGGCAGCAAUUCCGUGAACGGCUCGUUGCUGCCUUUCUCGCAACGGCCAAUUGUUAUCCUUGGGGCUGGUAUAAUUGGCUGUGCUGCUGCGCGCCAGUUGUUAAGGGCCGGGUUUUCCGUUGUGGUGGUGGCCGAAUUCUUGCCAGGCGACCAAGAUAUCAACUACGCAUCGGCCUGGGCUGGUGCCGCAUGGCAUGCUGCAGGCGGCAUCACGCCUGACCAGCGAUACUACCAGGUCAUCUCACAUCGAGUCCUGUUGAGGAUGGCCCAGGACCCAGAGUCGGGCGUCCACGUCGUGGAUGGACGUGAAUAUCUGGAGAAGGAGCCCGCUCCAAACUCUGCUAUUUGGGGAAGAACGGUGGUUUCUAAGGUACGAAGACCUGAAUCAUCGCACCUUGCUGGUUCGCCUGGGCUAACACAGAUCCUGCAGUUCCGAGAACUGAACCAAGGGGAGUAUCCCGCCAACUUCCAUUCUGCGUGGGCAUAUGAUACCUUAGUGACUGACCCAACCCGGCACAUGCCUUGGUUGGGACAGCAAAUUACCAAACUCGGCGGUCGGUUCGUCCGCCAGCGAGUCAACUCUUUGGAAGAGUUAUACUCCAUGUUCCCCGAAUCCACGCUCUUCAUCAAUGCGAGUGGAAUUGGCAGCAAGACCCUCACAGAUGUUCAGGACGACAAUGUCUACCCCGAGCGAGGUCAGAAUGUAUUUCUACGAACAGAUGCGUGCCACACCUUCUACUUCCGGAAUGGUCAAGAGUACACUUAUGUCAUUCCUCGACCGUCCUCGCAAGGGGUUGUGUUAGGCGGCGUCAAACAGCAAGGAUCUCUCUCUCCCGAGGUGGAUCCGGAGAUUGCACGAGACGAGCUCGAACGUGCGCACCGUUUGGCCCCGGAUGUCGUCCCAGAGAAGCCAUCAGCCGAGAACAUCAGCCAUAUCAUUGGCAUCCGGUCCUCGCGGAAGGGCGGCUUCCGCCUCGACUCGGAGAAGCAGGGCCACCGAACACUGCUGUCUGCCUAUGGAUUCGGCGGCGGCGGCUACGCAUUUUCAUACGGCGUGGCCGAUGCGAUACAGAAACUGGUGGAGCGAGCAGAGCGCGAGCAUGUCAUUGUUGAAGAGUAG